AUGCUCCGAGCGUGCGCGCGACGGGCGCGGAAUGUGACGUCGUCCGCGGCGAACGCGCGAGCGAUCGCGCGCGCGCGACACGGUGGGCUCGGUGCGGAGGAAGAGGAGCUCGCGUACGCGCCGAAGACGCACACGCGGUUCGAACCCACGGAACCGACAUUCAUGACGGUGUUCACGCUGGCGAGAAACGAGGCGGCGACGAAGAUGGAGAGCGCGGAGGCGCAGGAGCGACACAUCGCGCGAUUGAUCGGUAUGCUGGGAGGAUCGCUGAAGUCGUUCUACGUGACGCAGACGGGGGAUCACGACGGGGUGGUGAUUUACGCGUUUCCGAAGAAUCACGACUCGAGAACGUUCACGUGCUUGUUGAGGCAGUCGUUGGGAACGGAACGUGAGUGCACGACCAAGUUGAUGUCGAGCGGCGAUGCGGCGACGAGCGCGAGGGCGGCGAGGGAGGUGAUGAAGCGAUUGAAAUGA